AUGGAAAGGAGUGGAGAGGGCCAGGAGUCCCCCCCUGAGCCCAGGGUAACGCUUAAAGUUGGGGGGCAGCCGGUUACUUUCCUGGUAGACACAGGAGCCCAGCAUUCAGUCCUCACUCAAGCUUCAGGACAACUCAGCGACCGGACGGCCUGGGUACAAGGAGCUACUGGUGAGAAACAAUACCGAUGGACUACGGACCGCCGGGUUCAGCUGGCUACCGGUAAGGUGACCCAUUCCUUCUUACAUGUUCCGGACUGCCCGUACCCUCUGCUGGGCCGUGACCUGCUCACCAAACUAAAAGCACAAAUUCAUUUUGAGGAAGGAGGGGCCCAAAUAACUGGCCCCCACGGAACUCCCCUUCAAGUUCUAACCCUACAAUUAGAGGAUGAAUAUAGACUAUAUGAACUGGGACAGGACAAGCCACAAUCCCAAGAAAUAGGCACUUGGGUCACGAAUUUUCCACUGGCUUGGGCAGAGACUGGUGGGAUGGGGUUGGCGCUCCAACAGCCCCCCUUAAUUAUACAGUUAAAGGCCACUGCAACUCCAGUCUCCAUAAAACAAUACCCUCUGUCACAUGAAGCUUAUCAAGGCAUAAGGCCUCACAUUACGAGGCUUCUGGAUCAAGGCAUCCUAGUUCCCUGCCGGUCGCCUUGGAAUACGCCUCUUCUGCCUGUAAAGAAACCCGGCACUGGAGAUUAUAGGCCAGUACAAGACUUGAGAGAGGUCAACAAGAGGGUAGAAGAUAUUCAUCCGACUGUUCCAAACCCUUACAAUUUGCUCAGUACACUGCCCCCUACACAUACUUGGUAUACGGUUUUGGACCUGAAAGAUGCCUUCUUUUGCCUCCGGCUGAGCCCGAAAAGCCAACCCUUAUUUGCCUUUGAGUGGAAAGACCCUGAAGUAGGGCUUUCAGGACAAUUAACUUGGACAAGACUGCCUCAAGGGUUUAAAAACAGCCCAACGCUCUUUGAUGAGGCCUUACAUCGGGACUUAGCUGACUUUAGGGUUCAGCAUCCCACCCUCAUACUCCUGCAAUAUGUAGAUGACCUCCUCCUAGCGGCCACUUCUGAAACUGCAUGCCAACGGGGAACUGAAUCCCUCUUACAGACUUUGGGACAAUUGGGCUACCGAGCCUCUGCCAAAAAGGCUCAAAUUUGCCAGACCCAGGUUACUUAUUUAGGCUACCAGCUACGGGAUGGACAGCGAUGGCUGACCCCGGCCAGGAGACAGACUGUGGCCGGCAUCCCUGCCCCCAUGAAUGGCCGACAGCUACGAGAGUUCUUGGGGACAGCGGGAUUCUGCCGCCUCUGGAUUCCUGGGUUUGCUGAAAUGGCAGCCCCUUUGUACCCCCUCACUAAACCGGGGGUGCUCUUCCAGUGGGGACCAGAGCAGCAAAAAGCAUUUGAAAACAUCAAACAGGCCUUAUUGUCCUCCCCUGCCUUGGGUCUCCCUGAUAUUACCAAACCUUUUGAACUGUUCAUCGAUGAGAAACAGGGGUAUGCUAAAGGGGUCCUAACACAAAGGUUGGGACCCUGGAAACGCCCUGUAGCCUACCUGUCUAAGAAAUUGGACCCUGUGGCCUCCGGCUGGCCACCGUGCCUAAGGAUGGUGGCUGCUAUUGCUGUCCUGAUCAAGGAUGCUGGAAAAUUGACUUUGGGACAGCCACUCACCAUCCUAGCACCCCACGCAGUGGAGGCCUUGGUAAAGCAGCCCCCAGACCGCUGGCUCUCUAAUUCCCGCAUGACCCACUACCAAGCCUUGUUACUGGAUGCAGAACGGGUUCAGUUUGGGCCCGUAGUCGCCCUCAAUCCUGCCACCUUGCUUCCUCUACCAGAGGAGGCAGAACAACAUGACUGCCUACAAAUCCUCGCAGAAGUACAUGGAACCAGGCCGGACCUAUCGGACCAGCCUCUUCAGAAUGCUGACCACACAUGGUACACGGAUGGCAGCAGCUUCUUGGCAGAGGGAGAGCGAAAGGCUGGAGCUGCGGUCACUACGGAGGACAAAGUAAUUUGGGCAAAAGCCCUGCCUGCUGGUACCUCUGCACAACGGGCUGAACUCAUCGCCUUGACUCAGGCGCUCAAGAUGGCAAAAGGUAAGAGGCUAAAUGUAUAUACAGACAGCCGCUAUGCCUUUGCCACGGCACACAUCCACGGGGAGAUCUACCGGAGGCGGGGGCUGCUCACAUCUGAGGGUAAAGAUAUUAAAAAUAAGGCUGAAAUUCUGGCCCUCUUAGAAGCCCUAUUCUUGCCCAAAAGACUGAGUAUUAUGUAUUGUCCAGGACACCAGAAGGGGCACAACCCAGAGGCACGAGGAAACCGGCUGGCCGAUGCCACGGCGCGAGAAGUGGCCAUGAGCAAACAAAUCUUACCCUUAAAUAGCCCAGACCAACCCACGCCCCCACCAGUGGGACAAACCAGUUGGGUUUAUGCCCAUGAGGACAUAGAGCUCCUAGAAAAAAUGGGGGCCAUCUACCACCCUCAACUAAAACAGUGGGUCUACAAAGGAAAGACAGUUAUGCCAAUAAAAAUGACUUUUGAAUUGAUCUCUUUUUUACACAAAUUAACCCAUUUGGGGUUUAAGAAGAUGAAAACCUUACUAGAUCGGGAAGAGAUAAAUCUGUGGUUUUUGAAUCGGGACAAAGCGAUACAAAAGGUGACUGAGAGUUGCAAAGCGUGCGCUCAGGUUAACCCGGGAAGGACCAUGAUUGGACAAGGAGUUCGUCCUAGGGGACACCGUCCCGGCAUCCAUUGGGAAAUUGAUUUUACUGAAAUUAAACCAGGUAUGUAUGGAUACAAGUAUCUCCUAGUGUUUGUAGACACCUUCUCAGGAUGGGUCGAAGCCUUCCCCACAAAGCACGAGACUGCAAAAAUGGUCACCAAGAAGCUCCUCGAGGAAAUCUUUCCCAGGUAUGGCAUGCCUCAAGCGUUGGGGUCGGACAACGGGCCCGCUUUCGUCUCCCACGUAAGUCAGUUGGUGGCCAAAUUGCUGGGGAUUGAUUGGAAAUUACAUUGUGCCUAUAGACCCCAGAGUUCAGGUCAGGUAGAACGCAUGAAUAGAACAAUUAAGGAGACUUUAUCCAAACUUACGCUUGCAACUGGCUCAAAGGAUUGGGUGGCCCUCCUUCCCCUAGUUCUCUAUCGGGCCCGGAAUACCCCGGGCCCCCAUGGUCUAACUCCUUUUGAAAUAAUGUAUGGAGCACCACCCCCAUUUGUCCAUUUCUUUGAUUCAAACAUUGCUGAUUUCACUGACAGCCCUUCUCUGAGGGCCCAUUUACAGGCCCUACAGAUUGUGCAGAAAGACGUCUGGAGACCUUUGGCCGCUGCUUACCAGGACGAGCUUGAGCAUCCGGUGGUGCCACACCCGUUCCAGAUUGGAGACACCGUGUGGGUGCGCAGACACCAGACCAAGAAUCUCGAGCCACGGUGGAAAGGACCCUACACCGUCCUCCUGACUACCCCGACCGCCCUAAAGGUAGACGGAGUCGCGGCUUGGAUCCACGCAUCACACGUCAAGGCAGUCCGGUCUGAGGAAUUGACUAAUCACAACACUACACCCCAGACAUGGAGAGUUCAGCGCACUCCAAACCCCUUAAAGUUAAAACUCCUACGUGGCUCCUCCUAGUCCUUUUGUGGCCUAGAGUCAGUGGGGGAAUAAGCCCCCACCACAUUUAUAACAUUACCUGGAUAGUCACUAAUCUCAUGACAGGAAGGCUGGCUAAUGCUACCUCCGUAAGGGGGACACUGGCCGAUGCCUUCCCUCCCUUAUACUUUGACCUUUGUGAUGUGAUAGACUACAAGUGGGAGCCUGGCACUACCCAUAAUUGGCAUCCCUCAACCACCUACUAUGGUUGCGGUCCGGCUUCCCACAGCAAAGAGAUCUACGUUUGCCC